GAUAAUGUCAUAAUUGGAGCAAACGAACAUCGUGCGAAAUCCUCUCUGCGUUUUACCCAAAACCUCUGCUCUCUCUCUCUCUCGUUCCGCUUCCAUUCAUCCUCCAUAUCGGCCGCUCGAUCGUUUUCUCUUCGCCUGCACGCCUCCUUUGAUGCGCUCAUUCCGCGGACCGCCGCUGCGAUAGGGUUUCGAUAUCGCCGCCGUCGGAUCGCGGUGUGAGGUAGAUGGUGUCCGGUACCAGGCCUGAAGUCGGGGGCGCACAGACGAUCCCCGUUCGCAUUCGGAAGAUGAUCCAGUCAAUUAGAGAGAUCGUCGGCAACCAUUCCGAUUCUGACAUAUAUGCGGUGCUCAAGGAAACCAAUAUGGAUCCCAACGAGACAGCGCAGAAACUCCUUAACCAAGAUCCAUUUCACGAGGUAAAAAGAAAGAGAGACAAGAGGAAAGAGUAUGCAGGAUAUAAACUUGCCAUUGAUCCUAAAAAACACCCGGAAAGCAGCCAUUGGGAAAAAUCCAUUAAAUCAAUGCAUUUAACUGCUCACAGAAGAGGUUUGGCUGGAAGUUAUGUACCCGAUAAUAGAAUCAACAAAGAGUUUCGUGUUGUGCGGGACAAUAGGGUAAACCAAAAUUUGAACAAGGAUGCCAAGUCCAAUUCAUUGCAGCCCUCUUCGGGAAAUGAGCAUCUUAACUCAAAUAAUUCUGUGAUGAGAUUGGCAAGAAUUAUAAAUGAACAGAAGCCACUUAAUUCCAGCAUUUUGGAUGGCCAUGGAAGAUCUCAAAACAUGAAUGCAUCAUGCUCUCAGGGUUUGAACCCUGAGAAAGAUUUGUCCCGAGCUAGCAGAUCUAGGGCUUUGCCAUCUGAGGAGAUUACGACCAUGCAUCAAUCUUCAAAUUCAGAGGCUGAUAGAGCUGUUGUUAAUGGUUCUGAGAUAAAUUCUGCUUCAAGUAAUACUAUUAUUGGUGUUUACUCUUCGUCCUCAGAUCCUGUUCAUGUUCCAUCUCCAGCUUCCAGAUCAGCUGGUUCCAUUGGUGCCAUUCGACGUGAAGUUGGAGCUGUCGGCAUUAAAAAACAGUCUUCUAAUGUUCAGCCUACAAACUCAACAGUUUCAAAUAAUUCUCACUCAGUAAACUUGGGUGGGAAGGGCAUUACAUCCACAGCAGAGUCACUGCGAGACUCGGCAACAAAUGCCAAAAGCAAUCAGCUUAAUCGAGUUCCUAUCUCAGAUACUUUCAGGCCUCCAACAUCAAAUCGUCGAAGUGCACAAAAUAAUAGCAAACAACUUCAAACAUUCAAUCACCAAAGGGCCAUGCAGCUCAACAUGGAGUGGAAGCCUAAAAGCCAAAAGCUGAAAAAUGAUAGCAUCAGCACAGUUGAAACAUUUUCUGUCCUUGCCUCUUCUAAUGACUAUGCCUCAAGCGCAAACCUGGUGAAUGAUAUUGAACUGUCGGAUAAGCUUUCACAUGCCAAUAUUCGUGGAGAGCAGCAAGUUAUCAUUCCUCAGCAUCUUCGAGUACCAGAAGCUGAGUGCACAAAGUUCACAUUUGGUAGUUUUGGAGAUGGAUCUGUUUCUAAUCCAAACUUCUUGUCCACUCAACAAGCAAUUGGAAGUUCGGAACAGUCAGAAGAGACGACUUCUGUCAGCAAUUCAGCGUUUGUUCCAGUUGGACCUGUUAAUGAGGCUUCCGUUGAAGUUGGACUUUUGGUUGAUUGCCAACCAGAGACUUCUAGAUCUACUUCAUCUGCUUCUGCUGAAGAAUUGCAGCGGCCUCCUUCUGGAAACAAUGAGCCUUUGAACAAUAAAAACAUCGAGGGUUACAUGGAUGUUGAGUUGGUUCAAAGUCGUAGCCCGCCAUUCAGCUCUCAACAGUCACAACGAAUACCAGAAACCCCAAGCAUGCCUGAUUUUUUGCAGCCAUAUGAAACUGAAACGAGUUAUGUUACUCCUUUUUUCCAAACAACCUUGGAUGAUAAUGUUCGUGGGCAAAGCUUAGCUUCUCAACCCGAGAUUUUGAACUUGCAUUCAGCAAAUAGCAACCUUUUGACCCCAACUGGCAUUACUCAACAGCAGCAACAACAGCAAACAUUGGCACAAAUUUACCCACAGCUUCAUAUCUCCCAUUAUCCGAAUUUCAUGCCAUAUCGCCACAUCCUUUCACCUGUGUAUGUCCCUCCUAUGGCCUUGCCAAGCUACUCAAGCAAUCCUGCUUAUGCCCACCCCUCAACCGGAAAUAGCUAUGUUCUGAUGCCUGGAAACAGUUCACAUUUGCCCACAGGUGGAGUGAAGUAUGCCAAUUCCCAGUAUAAGCCUUUACCGGCCGGGAGCUCCACUGCUUAUGGGAAUUUUUCAAGUCCAGCUGCUUAUGCAAUUGGUACCCCUAGCCCUAUUGGAGGUGCUACAGUGCUCGAGGAUAUGAUGAGGAUCAAGUACAAGGAAAAUAAUCUUUAUGCUCCGAAUCAGCAGGCUGAGACCUCUGAUAUGUGGAUGCAGACCCCUCGGGAACUUCCAAGCCUUCAGUCGAUGCCAUAUUACAACAUAUCAGGGCACGCAUCUCAUCCAACAGCUUUUGUCUCAGCACACGCUGCAGCUGCCGCCGCCACUGCUAGUGGCCAUACCUCCUUUAAUGCUGUUGCUGCAACAGCACAACCAUCUCCUAUGCAAUACCCUCCUGGUAUGUAUCACCCACCGCAGCCUGCUUCCAUUGCUGCUCCACAUCACCUUGUUCACCAUCAGGUACCUCCUGUGGGUUUGGCUGCUGGAGGCCCCCAGGUUGGGGCAUUUCAGCAGUCCCAGCUUGGCCGCCUUAACUGGACGGCCAACUUCUAAAUCUGUCAAAUGAAAUGAAACCAAUAGGUUUUUCUGCUUCCAUGGUAGGCAGCGAUUAAGUCGCAAGAUUUAUGUGUAACAAAAUUUAGGAUUUUCUAAAUGCAAUGAAAGAUGCUAUUAUAUAUUCAGAAAGAAAGGGCUUUUUUCCUUGAAAUUUCAGACCAAGUCCAAAUUCUUAUAAGUUUGUCAUCCUUUCCAUUAGUGCUCUCCUUUUUUAGCA